CUUCCAGUCCUUGCAGCUCGUCGUGUCCAUGAACCCGCCUACAAGCUUGCGAGCCCUGGUUCAGAUCAGGGGACGCGCCCGCAGAAAGAACAGUCACUUUGUGAUCUUAUGCAGCAGUGAAGAGGAAGUCGAGAAAUUUGAGACCCUGCAACUUCAAGAGAAAAACAUGCAAGCCGCUGCCAAACGGUGCGUAGAGGAAGACAGAAAGGCUGGACAGCAGAAAUAGGCCAGGUUCAAGGCCUCUCUUACACUCUUAAUAACACUAAGACCUCACCAUGGCAGUUUUAUGGUUGGUGCGGUACAAGAGGUAAAAAUGUGAUAAUCCAUUUAUGACUGGAUUUUAAAAUGUUCACUACUGUUCCAUAAAUGGAUAAACCUAGAUUGGGCCAUUUAAUUCCAGAUGGAUAAAAUAAUAAGAACAAAGAGGAGUAAAAUAUUUAAUAUCCUAUACUUUGUGACU